GUGCCCAUUUUGGUCUUUUUCCGUUCAAAUGGCAUUUACUUAUACUAAAUAGAAUUAUUAAACAAAAACAAAAAAGAAUUAUUAAAUAAGUAAUUCAAUUUUUAAUUUGAAUAAUCUCUGUAACUGAAAGGAGCCCCUAAUUCCUGUAUUCCUAACGUUUUCCUCUUCCAUUAAAAGUUCGAAAUUUUCCCCUUCUUUUCAUGGUGAAAAGUUUUUUUUUCCUUCCUUUUUUUGGGAAACCUUCGCCUAAAACAAUAUCAAAUCUUGCUGUGAAGCACUGUUUAUUUCUUAUUAGACGUCCAAUUCUCCUGAGAUGUUUGCAAGACACCCAAACAGGCCAAGUUCUGCUUGGCACAAAACACAAAGACGCCAGGUCGCUAUUUUUGGCAUUGCCCUUAUUCUAGUCACGACUUUUAUUAUACUCUUGAGAACAAGGCCAUAUUCUAACCACCCGUUUGCUUUUCCAAAGCUAAAAUGGAACAGUUUUCGCCCUUUCAUUCAAUUUUCUCCCUCUAUGGAGUUCAUGAAUGGAACUGAUGCAAUUUGGCAAAUACCCAACUCCCCCAAAGCAAUUCUCUUCAUUGCUCAUGGCUGUAGCGGUAAAGCUGCCAAUUUUUGGGAUAGAUCCCCAGGUUGCCCAAAUUGUGUUGGACUACCUGAAGAGCGCCUCCUCGUUCUUCACGCCCUUGCUCGUAAAUUUGCAGUCUUAACCAUAUCAAGCACUAAUGUGUGUUGGGAUCUCAAGAGAGACAGAAAGAUAGUUAAAGGAAUACUAAAAUGGUGGAUUGAAAAGAAUAAGCUUGAGGGUCUUCCACUUACAGCUCUUGGGGCCUCUUCUGGUGGAUAUUUCAUUUCUGCCCUUGCCACCGAUGUCAAAUUUCGCAGUGUAGUUCUUAUGAUCUCUGAAGGAGUAUUUGAGGCUAUGGAGAUUCCCAGAAAUUACCCUCCAACUUUGUUUGUUCACAUGCCUAAGGAUCGUGCUAGAGUGGGGCGAAUAGCUGAGAAUAUGGAAGCUCUCAGGGCGAAGGGUAUAGAUGUUGGAGAACUUAAAUGCAUGGAAUUUCCAUUGACUCCAAGGCUCUUAUCUGAUAGAAUUCCUGGUUUGGACCAGACCACCUCCAUCGCAAUAUUUGAGAUAUUUAAAGAGAAAGGAAUUGUUAAUGACGAUGGGUAUAUGAGGAAUGAUGGGCGUAAAAUUGAUUGGAAGGAAUCACUCAAGGAGAGAGAUGUAUUGUCUGAUAAGUAUGAAUGGAGUAGCCAUAUCCAAGAGGAGCUUAAUCUUGCUUUUGGGUACCAUGAAAUGACUAGCUUGCAGUCUGAGCAGAUACUCAACUGGUUUGAGUCUCACUUGAGUCGAUUUUAAGUUUCUCUCUGAAUGGUUAUAGAGAAGGAAAUUUACAGAGUGAUUGCCUAGGGGCAUUUUGUUACUUUGAGUUUCCCAUCGUUUCUUUUCUGUAGAUUAUUGAUAAUCUUGUGUAAAUUAUGGAUAAUCUGAUAAGUUUAUGCAUGCCUCAUCUAGAAUUGCAAAUUCUUCAUUGGUUCAUUAAUGAAGAUUCACUUUUGA